AAAAAAAAGAAUUCGAGGAUUAAAAAGAAAAGCUAUCAAGAUAAAGAAAUCAGGUCGACGAACGAGAGCGAGAGUAGAUAAAAUAAAUAAAAUAAUUAUAAAAUAAAAUAAAAAAAUAAAUAUUUUUUCUUUUUCACUUGGUCAAUCCUCAGGAUUUUCACCGUUCCCAGUUUAAUUUCUAGGUUUUUUGAUUUACUUUUUUCCCCCUUUUCUUUUUUGGCCAGAAUCAAAUAUUUGUUGUGCUGCUAAUUUUAUAGAAUUAGGAAUUUUGUUGUUGGGCGGGCGAGAUAUUUGGAUGUUGUCAAUGGAGGUUGUUUCGAUGAGGAAAUGGCUAUGUAUAUUGCUGGUAUGCGCGUUUGCGGAAUCGGCGGCGUCGUUUCGUUUGGCUUCAUCGUCCUCCAUUUGUCAACUCGAUUUCAAAACCUUGCUUCUCGAUCUCAAUUCUCAGUGCCCCUUUUCGAAACCCUUGCCCUCUUUACCAAUUCAGGUGGAUGGAGAAUCAUUUGAAAAAGCUAUGAGCUCGAGUCAGAAGAAGGGAUAUACUGCUGUUCUCUUUUAUGCUUCGUGGUGUCCUUUCUCUACCAUCUUCCAGUCGAAGAUUUCUACACUAAGUUCUAUGUACCCACAUGUCAAACAUAUAAUGGUCGAACAAUCUUCAGCCACGCCCAGUAUUUUCUCGAGAUAUGGGAUUCACAGUGUACCGUCGCUGUUGAUAGUGAACCAGACGACAAGAAUGAGAUAUCAUGGUCGAAAAGAUCUCGACUCGCUCAAAGAUUUCUACAAAAGAACUACAGGUCUAAAUCCAGUGGUGGAUAUGGUCGAAGAAACGUCUAGUAAUUCAGAAACUGGUCAGAACCCCAUUCAACUUGCGACGGGAGCGUCACUAAUGAAAGCAUUCUCGAGGGAACCUUACCUAACACUUUCUGCAGUAUUUGUCCUGUUGAGAGCUUUUCUGUAUUUCUUCCCAGGGAUUGCAUCUCGUUUAUUGGCAUUAUGGGCUGCAGUAAUUCCACGUCUGAAUUUGAGAAUAUUCGGAGAAUCAAGGCAGCUCUUAGGGCACGUUCUCCAUCUGAUGGAUGUGAAGAGAAUUUGGAACAAGCUAAAGAACUGCAAAACUCGGAAUUUCGUUAAAGGGGCGAGAAAUGCUCGUGUUUGGGCUUCAUCACUAGCCUCCGUAUCAUUGGGCAAGACUUCUUCUUCGAGAAUCGUAAACUAGUUCGUGCUUGUAUCAGAUUUGCAAGAAAGUGGCUGUACUUUUGGGUUCUCUCUUUUUCUCCUCCCCUUGUUUUUUUGGUGUUCCUCGUUUUUUUUUUACCUUUCUAAUGUAUUUUGCGUGUGUGUGUUUGUCUGUGUUGAGAGCGAGUAUAAUAUGUGAAGCCGCCGCCGUGUAUGUGGGUUUCGUUUGGAAUAUCGACUCUAGCGAGGAAUCUUGUAAAUUAUUUCAGAAAAUAUUCCUCCAUUGUAUAUCAUUGUCAUGUAGUUUUAAUUGAGAAAAGUUCCAACUCGGACUUUUAUGGUUGCAAUUGUAUGCAUCUUAGAGACCUUAUGAUGUAUCCAUAAUGGGAACUUUUUCUUUUAAUGGUACUUGUCAGUUUAU